ACUUUGAAAAGGACCGAUAACGCCACAUUUUCUGAAGAGAUUCAUACAUUGGCAAAUGGUCCUCAUAACGGAGCAAGAAGGUUCACCGGUUACAUAACUAAUGGGUUCCGUUUUCGAGUCAAGGCUAUGGAUGACUGUUGAGCUAGUCAAAAUUCUGGUGUAGCUUUGAAAGCAGAUACUAUUAGUUAUGCUAGAUGGAAGGACAAAAAUCCUCGUGUGGGGGCUAUGUACUAUUAUGGACAAGUGACAGAUAUCAUUGAAAUCCAGUACAACAAUGCAAUGAAGUAUGUAUUGUUCAAGUGUGACUGGAUUGACAAUGUUCGGGGGAAGAAAGAAGAUAAUUUCAAGUUCACGUUGAUUAACUUCAACCAUUCGUUGUAUCGAGAUAAUCAAAUCACCAAUGAACCUUUCAUCUUGGCAUCCUAAGCUGAGCAAGUUUGGUAUGUUGCAGACCCUAUAGAAUCAGAUUGGCAAGUGGUUGUGAAGAUGUCUCAAAGGGGUUUAUUUGAUAUGUAUUAUACUGAUCCAGAAACUAAGCCAUAUAUGAGUCAACAAUUAGAAGAAAAUAUAAUGGUUCGUGAUGAAGAAGUUGGCUGGGUGAGGGAAGUCGCAGAAGGAGAAAUUGUUGAUGUUGAAAUGAGAGAGGAUUAAGAUAUUUUGCAAUAAUUGUUGGGAUUCUGUAAUGACACAAUUGUUAUGGCAUGGAAGAGGAAGCUUAAUCAUCCCUCUCGCACUAUGGCUGAUGUUUUGUGUAUGCAGACACAAUCACCACCACUAUCACAGCCACCACCACCAUCACAGCCACUGAUACAGCCACCACCACCAUCAUAGCCACCGAUACAUCCACCAUCAUCAUCACAAUUGUCUCGACCAACGUCGUCUUCAUAGGCCACCACAAGCAUACAAAUUUGUUAUGUACUUAAAUUAUAUUAAUUAAAUUAUUUCAUUUUCAUUAUACAUAAACUUCCUAAUUUCAUAUGCUAGGAUCGACGACUUCUUCAUAUCCCACCUCAGGUACAGGUUUGCUUUCAUGUAUUUAAUUUAUGUUUUAAUUUAUAUGUUGUUUAUUAUAUUCUUACAUAAUUUGUUUAUUCUUAUAAUGUGUUCCAAAUCCAGCGACCGAUUCACAAGCCAACUUAGGUAUAACAAAUGGUUAUGUAUCUAAUUACGUUAAUUCAACUACAAGUUAUUUAUUAUCAAUUUCUGUAAUAUGUGUUUUUUUUUCAUAGUUCCUCACAUGCCCUAUAGUUUCUUUAUCUUCCACUCGAGGUCGAGGAUCUACGAAAGGCAUUAAAGAUUGGGAUACGGGCAAGAAGUUGGCCAUUGAUUUUGAUGCCGACUUCAAUCCUAUGAGAGAUAAUCAGUCUAAGUUAACUAGCCAACUUGGGUUCAUGAUACGUAAUGGGAACAUUGUUUCUUUUAUGUACGUUGAUUGGACCAAAGUGCCUAUUGAUGUUCUUGAGUCAAUAUGGGUGGACGUUAAGAUAAAAGCAUAUUUAUUAAAUUGUUUAAUUAUAUUAUUAAUUGAACUAAUGAUUUAAAUUGUACUGUAUGAUAAUUUACAAAUUUGUUCGGAGGGGUACAAACCACGUUGCUUGAAAAAGUGCAAUGACUUGUGGAAGGAUCACAAAAACAAGAUCAAGAAUAAGUAUUUUAAGCCUAAUAAGGAUCAUCCUAAUAUUAAAGACAUGGUACCCCCGCAAAUUGUUCCAGAACAGUGGUAUGAUCUUGUUGAUUAUUGGAAGACUAAGAAAGUAGAGAUAUAUAAAAUAAGUUAAUUACAAAGCACAUAGCUUUAGAAAAAUUAAUAACUUUGUAUACUUGCGACUUACAUUUAUGGAACCUUUAUAGGACAUUGCAGUACACAAUGCUAGAAGUCGUUCCUUUCGUUAUACUAAUCAUACGACAGGACGUACUUCAUUCACUCAGAUUCGAAGGAAGGUAUAUAUUAUUUAGGUAGAUAUCAAUAUGCAUGUAAAUUACUUAGAUAAUAAUUAAUUUUUGAAUUUUCAGAUGAUUGCUGAAGGGUUGCCCACGGAUAAAACGAGUGUUUGGAAAUAUACACGCAAUCAAACUGACACUGAUGUCAGGCAGACCCUGGAUAAGUUUGAGCGCCAACUGUCCAUGUUGCUUGAAGAUUACCAUACUACUGAAGAUGCUCGAGAUAGUGUUUUCCACAACGUGGUUGGUGAAGAUGGGCAUGGAUAUUGUCGUACUUAUGGCAAGGAUAUGCCUUGGAGCAUGGUGUAUGGAGAUAAAUCUAAGUCAUCACAGUUAGGAUCUCAGUCAUCGACUGUUGCUGAGAUCACCAAGCAGGUUCGUAUAGAGUUGAGACAAGAGCUGAGGGAUGAGAUUAGAGAGGAAUUGAGGGAGGAGAUGCGAGCAGAGCUUUUGACCCAGAUACAAUAAAUGAAAGCUAAAAUGUUGGCUAUUGUAUCCCGCGAAGGGAGUACAAAUCACAACAAACAGGUUUGCUGUAAAUAAAUGUUUUAUAAAUAUCUAAUUGUAGCACAAUUGUAUCAUUGAAUAUAAAUACGAUUAACAAGGAAUAUCACGAAUAUCAUAGGUACCGGAUGCAUUGAGUGGCCACCGUGAACCU